AUGGGCCAGAGGAAUAACUGCAGACUCCGUGAUUACGUCCUGAUAGGCGACUACGGGGUAAAUGAGAAUAUUGACCAGAAAGCUCAACAGCAAGUGGGUAUUGUAGCGCAGGCCAGAAACCUAGUAAGAUUAAUAUUUACCUGGCGCGCCACGUGGGGCGGCGAGGCAGGUGAAAGUCUCUCAAGGUUUAGUUGUGCUUUUUACCUUCUGGAGGUUGAGAUCAUUAUUUUAGAAGCCAAACUUGAGACGAAGGCUCUGAAGGCAAAACGGCCUGGGUUUUCCGAGGAGCGUUACAACGAAACUUCAUACUACAUAGAAAAUGGUCUGCGGAAAGUCUAUCCCUAUUACUUCACGUUCACCACCUUCACCAAAGGACGCUGGGUGGGAGAAAAGAUCCUUGACGUGUUCGCCAAAGAGUUCCGAGCACAUCCUGCCGAGGAGUAUGAGCGAUGCAUUAAGAGUGGCACCCUGACGGUCAACUACGAGAAAGUCGACGUGGAUUAUCGACUCAAACACAAUGACUUACUUGCAAACAUCGUGCACAGACAUGAGACGCCGGUGUUAGCGCGAAACAUUGAGAUAUUACAUUUAGAUGAGGAUUUGGUCGUUCUCGACAAGCCAUGUUCCUUGCCGGUACACCCGUGCGGCCGCUACCGACACAACACUGUCGUCUUCAUCCUGGCUAAGGAGUACAAUCUCAAGAACCUCAGAACCAUCCACCGCCUCGAUAGACUCACGAGCGGCCUCUUGCUGUUUGGAAGGACCCCAAAGAAAGCCCGUGAGAUGGAACAACAGAUCCGCACACGUCAGGUGACCAAAGAGUAUGUGUGCCGAGUGGAAGGAGAAUUCCCAAGGGAACACAUUGAAUGCAACGAACCCAUAGAAGUAGUCAGCUACAAGAUUGGGGUGUGCAAGGUCUCACCCACUGGCAAGGACUGCCGCACUGAGUUCACACGACUUUCUUACAAUGGCAAAACGUCAGUGGUGCUUUGCCGACCCCACACUGGACGUAUGCACCAGAUUCGAGUCCACCUUCAGUACUUAGGCUACCCCAUCGUGAACGAUCCCCUAUACAACCACACAGUCUUUGGGCCCAACAAGGGCAAAGGUGGCAUUGUUGCCAAGACAGAUGAGCAGCUGAUCCAAGACUUGAUCAAGAUCCACAAUGCUGAGAACUGGCUGGGAAUGGAUGGGGAUGCAGAAUACUCCAUGUUCAAGGGACGUGAGAAGACAGACAAUGAUGAAGAGGGAGGAUCCCAGCGCAACACCCCAAGCCCCAAGGAAAAGUCUCCUUCAGCCGCAGAUGCCCCACGUGUGACAUCUCCCCCUGCGCUCAUUGCCCAGUCAGGCUAUGCUUCACCCAAAGCCCUCACUUCAUCACUAGACAUCCAGCCCUCUAUGGUAGGAGCUGAAGCAGUCCCACCGAAGACAAUAAAUGGCUGCAGCAGUGGUCUUGUUGGAAGUGAUGGCCUUGGUGUUGUGUCUGCAGGAACCCAGACCAGUGAGGGGAGCAGAGACUAUGGCUACCAGCCUCGGCUCAUGACAGUCGAUGAACACUGCUAUGAAUGCAAAGUGAGAUACCGUGACCCUAAGCCUAGAGACCUUGUUAUGUAUCUCCAUGCUCUCAAGUACAUGGGACCAGGAUGGCAGUAUGAGACAAAGUUGCCUGAAUGGGCCUCAGAAGACUGGAAGGAACCUGAGGAUGACCAUUAGAAAGAUGAAGCCCUUAUUUUACAAUGAAGACCUGAAGAGAAAGACAGACCGUGAGGGGAAAAGGGUCCGACAGAUGGAUUUGAUUUCAUAAAGACAGAAUGACUACCUGUAUGUAAAGAUACCUGUAUGUAAGUGUAGGAUUCAAUAGCAGUAGACUGUAGGACUGAGGAAACCUGACAAUGAACUGCUACCUCACAAGGUGUUAUCUGCGAAGCAUUUGAGUAAGAAAGAAUUUAAUCAAUAAAAUCAGUUUCACAAAAGGUGGCCCCAUAUUAGUUAUGAAACUAAAUGCUGAUCGAGUCAUUUUUAGGAACAUAACUAAUCUGUUAAUGUAAAUUUAGAUCUAAACAGAUGAUUUAAUAUAUCUUGUUAUUGUUUGAAAAUGAUUCAUAUUUUAAAUAAGAACUGUUUGUUCUACAGAAGAAAAGUAUUAUUAUAACCAAUAUUGCAUUCCUACAUUACACUAAGACCUGCAAAACCCUUUAAAUUUAUAAUAGGAAAUGCUAAUUGCAGCUGCUGAAAAGUACAUAAUCCGAGUGAUGAACUCUGGUGCAGGUAUCAUAUUGAAUAGGUUAUAUUUUGCCUACAACUUAGCUACCAACAUUGACAGUGUUUUAGUAUUUUUAAUUGCCAGUAUUUAAUGGAAUUAGUUUUAGCUUUAUUUAUUGAUAAAUUCUUUCAAGACAUUAUACAUUAUAGUUGAACAUGGGAAAGCCAUGAACAGGAUAUGGAAAAAGUUAUUUGCUUGCUGAUUUUAGUGUUUAAGUCCCAUAUCUGCAUUGCUUCCUCAAAUAUUUCCUCACCCCUCAGUGUCACAGAAUGCUACUUCCAUUUCUCAUCUAGUUAAUUACAUGUAAUUAUGACUGGUUUAUGUGUUACAGUCAAAUAAACUUUCCCAUAUUACAGUCAGAAAUUUUUCAACCAGGUUGACUAAGUGGGGCAAAGGAAAUGACAGUGUUAGUCCUAAGACAAGAUUUUUGCUCGAAAGCUAAGCCAUUUUAUACAUUCAUUUAGUUACUUUGUGUUACAUGACUGCAGUCAGUGUACUAUUUCAUAAUAAAGUUGAUUAUUUUCUUGGGAUCUGAGCCAAUCUGCGAUCUGUUGCUAUGUGUCGAGUUGUGGUCACGACGGAUGCUAUGAGAGUGCUGGCCAUACGUCCCUCUAUUCCUCGUUAUCAUAGAGCAGGUUCUGUGAGCACCCAACCCCCCACGCAGCAACAUAGACAGUCAGUGGCAUAUGAUUGCAAAGUGUUUGUGGUCAAAGUGCUAGGUCUCCCCCAACCUUCCCCUUCCCCAUCGUAUAAACACGCUGGCUGCUGGUGAUUGUGAUGUGCCGUCAAUGAGCCCCUGCGAGCAGGGCAGUAGUGAACUAGAGAAGUCUACAAGCUUGGCACUUUGUUAAGAGCACGUGUUAAGAAAACAAUACAUUUAGCAUUGCAUUUUUAACUCAUUUUCAAUGUGUCUGACCCAUUUUUUCUUGUAUACUAUUGCCAGUUGAAGGGCUGUGCAACUGGUUGACUGUACUUAAAAGUCAAGAUGAAGCAAGAGAUGAACAAGAGACAUCUCUUGAUCAGCAAUUCAUGCACAGGUUCUUAUGCCUCAUAUGCUUAGUUGAGUCAUAGAAGUCUGUUGUACAAAUUGUUUAACUUAGGUUUAAGGAGAUUGACUGUAUAAUUCAUCCUUGAUGUAAAUACAAGUGAUCUUGUAUAUUGGCCAUAAAUUGUAGAUAUUUGUUGAGCGGGUAGAUUACAGUUUCUUCUAUGAUAUUCAUCCUUCUGUUAGUAAUGUAGCUGAGUAUUUUAAGUAUAAGUCUGCCUAGGUGAUACUUCUGCUUUAAUAUUAAAAAAAAAAUCUUUCAAUACAGUACUCCUAGAUAUGAACUAAUUGUGUGUUGAUUUUAGGGAUAGUUCUCUAAAGCUUUUUGUUGAUUUGCACAACAUUAUAACAUAGCAGGCAUUGCUGUCUGACCAUUAAUACAGUAUUCAUGAUAGUGUUUCUUGAUAAGUAAUAAUCAGCCAGAGAAGUAUUCAACUGUGACAAAUAUUUGCUUUUUUAUCUUUUUUUAUACUCCAGUUUAUGUUGUCAGUCACAGCACAAAUUGUUCAUUCCCAUUUUGUGUAACCUCCAUAAACUACAAUUAAUGUUGGGUUUGUUCAGAAGUAGCAAUGUCAGUGAGAUGGCUGGAUGGCAGCUCCACUGAGAAGGAGAGCCCAUUAUUUUUUAAGCACAGCCUCUUGGCAAGGGUUCUGUCAUCCACUCUGGUGACUGUGGAUUCUUCUAAACAUAGCCAUAAUUGGAGACUGUGCGACAGCGGCACAUCUCAGCACGAUGUUAAGUGAAGACAGAUACGUGUUAUGGGAAGUCCAGGGUCUUCAGAGUCAGGAAAGAGUUCACACUCACCGAGAUGUCAAGUGUCAGCCUAGUACAACUAUUUUGACCCAGCCUUUCAAUACAGUAAUAAAGAAAAAAAGUCUUUGAGAUGAAGUAUCGCUAUAUGAAAUGGUGGAUCAAAGUGACCAGAUUUGUUUUGCACAGUAAGCAUGUGCAAGUUUUUCCAGCUUGUUAAUAUGAAGGAAUUUUGUGGUCAAUGUGAAGAAUACUUUCCUGUCUACCAUGUCUUGAGGAAUGUUUUAAUCUGCAGUAUAUUAGAACGGUCCUCCCUACCAUGUAUCUGUUUGCUAGCUUCACGAUGCCCGAGCUCAAUGCCAUACAACUUGGCCCCAAUUAAGGCUGCUGUGGGCCAGGAGUUGGCCAUUAAUAUUAGGUUGGUAUGCCUGCUCCAAAAUAUGCCUUCCCAACUUUUCUACUGGUUUCUGAGCCUUAUACUGAGAAUACUCUUGGUAACAAGCUCUUUCUCGAACUGUGCCUUAGAUCAUUGUAAGUACGAGGCCAAGCACUCUACUGUGGCUCGCCCCAACGCGCCCGCCUGCCGUAGUCAAGGCGCGUAAUGUUCCCCUUGAAACUGUGACUCCAGAAUUCAUUGCAUGUGUCGAUUUUUAGUCGGGGAGCAUAAUGGCAGCAAUGGUAGAGUGUCUUUGGUACACUCAGCCUUGGGUAGACACAUCAGAAAGGUAUAAUAAUUAUAAUAAUUAAUAAUAAUAAUAUUAAUAAUAUUAAUAGACUCGUUGCCUUCAUUUUGUACAUGAUAAAGCACCCGGUCAGUAACUUUUGACCGUGAGUUUGUUUUCGGCCCAUCUGAAAUUAGACAAGAUCAGAAAUUGUCAUCCUUGAGGAACGCAUCAAUAAGAGUCAUUUCACUACAUUUUUAAAAGAGAAACUCACUCCUAUUGAAAGUGUACCCAGGGUCUAAUUAUUGUGUAAUUCACUUUUACUGAACUAAGCAUACUAACAAACUUUACGGUGCUGCAGUUUCAGGAAGAAAUACAAUCCAAUAGUAGCAAUAACGUGAUUAGAUGAAAAAGAGAGAAAAAGUUUCCUCCAAAAUUCAUGUCUUUUAAAGUUAUUAAUUCAGUCAGAGGAGCCUGGUGUAGAGUGAAUAAAUAAUCUCUGUAAAUACAUUUUGCUUUAGGUAAUAUUUUAGCAUUUAUUUACAAGCAUUACUCUAUGUACGUAGGAAAAUCUCUGGAUAUGCAUAUCCCGCCAUAAUACACACAACUGUAUAGCUUUUGACUUAAGUCCCUACCUCGAUAUCCUAGAUAUGUAAUUCCUAGCUGUUAAGACAUUUGAUUAGGAAGUUUUGUUAAUAGGUUUAAUAUAAUUUUAAUGGUAAUGGGAGAAGGGACAAGCACAAUAAGUUAUUGAUACAGACAGUUUAUACUGUUGCAUAUAUACAAAUGAAAGAGACAAUGCCACAUGUUUUUUUUUUUCUUCUUUUUUGAAUGGUAUUUAUGUACAACUUUUAUUUUUUAAUGGAAGACAAAGAGUGGUCAUUCUACCUACAUUAACAGUAUUCUUGGCUGUUAUCAAUAGUUCUGAGAUUGCAAGAAUGUUUCUGGAACUCAUUUCUCCUCUAUGGAGAGAAUAAGAACGAAAUACUUGUACUUGUAGUGCGGAAUCAUUCUUAUGAGGCUCGGAAUUAGGAAUAUUGUCCAACUUGUGACAGACAUCCAAAGUUUUGUUGUGAGAUGUUGGUGACAUCGACUAGAGAAUAGGAACAAUCCAGCAAAGUAGAAGAAAUGAGAAUAAAUAAACAUCAUCAUGGAAAGGAGGGGAUCAGGUCUUACAGCCAAGGAAGAGCUUGAGGUUCAUGGGUAAGUUUGCACGCUGAUGACGUCAUCAUGGGUUUCUUUUACCCAGAAGAGACAUCAGCUAAUCCCUUGAUGCAUAUCAGGUUAGAACAGAGAUAGUUUAGCCAUAGAAAAAUUUUAAAUGAUGGAAUGAAAGUGCCAGUUGCCUGUGAAUAGUUUUACUCUUUCUCUUUGUAAAGAAUAAGUCCAUAUUGAAGGGAAAAAAUACAUAAAAAAAAAAAAAAUACAAAAAAAAGCUUAGAUUCUUAACUCCUACUCCUCUUUAUAUUCAGAAUCAUGUUGGUUGGACCUACAGACUCCCCUCAUUUCCCCUCGUUGUAAGGUAAAAGUGGAUGUGAGAUUGUUUGCUCUGCUUGGCAACAUUCCCAUUGGACCAGCUCAGGAAGUCGUCCCUUCUCUGACGCUCCUUCCCAUCCACCUAUUUUCCUCCUUCCCUCUGCUCUUGGUCUUUUCUCUCAUUUCCUGCAGUCUUUUUUUUUUUUCUUUGAAUCAUUCUCUCUCUCUCUCUCUCUCUCUCUCUCUC